AGAGAAUGGACGGCUGAAUCCAAGGUUAUAAAAUUUAUAUUAUAAACAUAUAGGCCCAGAUUUAUCAAACUGUGUGAGAGAAGAAAUAGAGAGAUUUUCCCACAGCGACCAAUCACAGCUCAGCUUUCACUUUACCAGAGCUUGUUAUCUGAGCUGUGAUUGGUCACUCUAUUUUUUCUCUCUCACAGUUUGAUAAAUCUCCCCUAUAAAACAUAUGAGAUGAUCCCCAACGAGCACGGUGGAUAGAAGUAUCAUGUUUUGCACAAUGUAGCAGAACCCAGAAGGAUGAGUGAGAAGAUGGCAAAGACCCAGCAAGGGCCCGAGCAAGGCUCCCACAGAGUCAUCCUUAUCGUCUUCUUGGCUUUGCUCAUCGACCUUUUGGGUUUCACUCUCAUCUUGCCUCUCUUUCCUUCCAUAUUGGACCAUUACAGCAAGUCUAAUGAUGGACUUUAUCAGACAUUACAGCACACAGUGGACUGGUUCGCUGGAAUGAUUGGGGUUCCCCAGGAGGGGAAAUAUCACAGUGUACUGUUUGGAGGUCUUAUUGGAUCCCUUUUCUCCUUAUUGCAGUUUAUCUGCUCACCUCUCACCGGCGCAGCCUCUGAUUAUGCAGGAAGACGGCGAGUCCUGAUGAUGACUACGGUUGGAUUAAUUGUAUCCUAUGCCUUAUGGGCCAUCUCAAGAAGCUUUGGUGUUUUCCUGAUUUCACGCAUCAUUGGAGGAUUGAGCAAAGGAAAUGUCAGUCUGUGCACAGCAAUUAUCGCUGACCUACCCUCCCUUAAAAACCGCAGUAAGGGCAUGGCGAUGAUCGGUGUAGCGUUUUCCUUGGGCUUUACCAUUGGACCCAUGGUUGGAGCUUACUUUGCAAUGAACGUGACAACUGGAGAGCUCUUUUAUGUACGGCCGGCGCUCCUCGCUCUCCUCCUCGCUGUUAUUGAUCUGGUAUUCAUCUUUCUACUACUUCCAGAGACCCUUUCCAAGGAGAACAGGGUUCCAUCCAUGAUGGUUGGAUUUCAAGGGGCUUCAGACCUGCUCAGCCCUGUAGCCUUAUUCAACUUCUCAGCUGUAACAAGAAGAAAGGAUCGCCCUUCACAGGAAAAUUUGCAGAAUCUCCGUGUCCUGGGCCUGGUCUACUUCUUGUACCUCUUCCUGUUCUCGGGCCUUGAGUAUACCAUCAGCUUCCUGACCCACCAGCGCUUCCAGUUCAACAGCAUGCAGCAGGGGAAGAUGUUUUUCUUCAUCGGAAUUACCAUGGCUGUGAUCCAGGGUGGAUACGCUCGGAGAAUCAAACCAGGAAAUGAAGUGAAAGCUGUCAAGCAGGCCAUUAUUCUUCUCAUUCCAGCAUUCUUACUGAUAGGAUGGGCAAACGGCCUGACCAUGCUGGGCUUCGGGCUUCUCCUUUAUUCUUUUGCUGCAGCCAUUGUGGUUCCAUGUUUAUCCUCAUUGGUAUCGACAUAUGGCUCAGCCAGUCAGAAGGGCACAGUGAUGGGAAUCCUUCGGAGUCUGGGGGCUCUGGCCAGAGCGGUGGGGCCAAUCUUAUCAGCAACAUUGUACUGGCUGAUCGGAGCUGAAGCCUGCUUCACCAUCUGUGCCGUCUCAUUCCUGAUCCCAAUCAUUUACCUCAGACGUGUGAAACUGAAUAAUAGAAAGGAAGAGUAAGAAGGCUCAGGAAAGGAGAAAGCUCUGAAGACACUGCACUAUGGAGGAUGGCCAUGUUCUUGGCCAAACACUUGAAACUUGUUUUUAAGCCCUUAUAGGGUGUGUACAAAUAAUGUGAGAUCUGAGAUUUCCUUGUAUUAACUGAUCUGUACAGUUCUCAGUACUGGAACAUUUUGCCCAUUUUAAAUUAUGUAAUGGAUGAUCACUCAUUUGGAAUUUGUGCCUUAACAUUUUGGCCUUCUGGUUACAACCCUAUGAUCGGAAACCCCAGGGGCCUUUAAGCUUUUUACCUCAGAUCAGUAAAAAUCAGCUUGAUCUCUGAAGAACACUUUUAAGACCUUGUUCACACAUUGUUUUCUGGUCUGUAUUUUCGGUGGUAGAAAAAAAAAAGUUUUUUCAUGAAAAUUAAGAUUUUUAAUGAUUUGAAAUACCAAUGAAAUUUAUAUUUAAAAGACAUGCUGCAUUAUGGUAUAUAAUACAACAAGAGAUGAGC